AUGUCUACCACCCGAUCAAGUUCAGUGCAAAGUUUGCUGGGUGGAGAUGAAACACCUAGUCGUCGUCGUUCUCGCGAAAGUGGUGAUACAAAUGCGAGUAAACCAGGACUAUUAGCAAAGCUAACCGAUGCUAGAAAGACGUUCUUCGGUCGUAAUCAAACACCCGAUACACUAUUUAAUUCGCAUGAACAAAAUAAACUUCUAUUAUCCUACAUCUUGUCUCAGCCUCAACCUCAAUUAGAUGCCAUACAGGAACUCGAGAAAAAUGGUGCGCAACUGAAUGCGAUUACUGAAGACGGGUGUAGUGCACUACAUCUGUUAGCACGAGCUGAUUUACAGUCGAUGGAAUGUAUUAAUAUUGUUCAAUAUUUAAUCACAAAAGGAUGUGAUCCUAGUAAACAAAAUGAUUAUGGGUGGACAGCUGGCAACUCAUUAUGCGUUGGCUACUGGAAAUAUAGAUUUGGCGACGUUUCUUCUAAAAAUGAUGAUCGAUGUCACAAUUAUCCUAGUCAAACACAAUUGCUCCAUAUAGCAGCACGUAAAAACGAAAGUGUAUUAAUUCGUAUUCUAAUCAAAACGUAUAAAGCUCGCGUGAAUGUAUAUGACGAAAAUGGUCGUUCUCCGUUGCAUAUUAGUUGUUAUGAAGAUAAGUUGGAUGCCUUACAAGCACUUUUAGAAAAUGAUGCUGAUUUUAUCAAAGGUAUUCGACUGAAUCCAAAUGAGAAUCCUGUCAGUAUUUGUGUCAAACGUCAACAUGAUUCAUGUUUGAAAGCAAUAUUCAAAGUAACUUCAACUUUUAAUUGGAAACGAUACUUUUCACAGUUACCUCGAUCACCACUCCUAUGUGAUUUUCCAACAUUAAGAGCGAUUGAAUUACUUAUUGAACAUGGUAUAGACAUCGAUGCAUGUGACGAAAGAGGAAAUACAUUGUUGCAUUAUUUAGUAAAUAAAAAAGAUAUUGAUUAUGAAGAAUAUUUUAAAAAAUUGAUACAAGUAAAUGCUGAUUUUAACAAACAAAAUCGUCUCGGACGUACACCGUUUCUUGAAGCAUUAGAACAAAACAAUUUUAAUUUAUUAGUUAUUUUUCUAAAACAUAUAGAUAUAACAAACUUAAAUGUGCUCGAUUCACUCGGAAAUACGGCAUUACAUUAUUGUAAACUAAUAACUGAACAAAAUAUUUUCGAUAGUAUAUUACGAUCAAAUGGAAUGUUGAUUAAUGCUCAAAAUAGAGACGGACAUACACCGUUGCAUGAUGCUGUUAUUGUCGAUAAUAUAUCAUUUGCACACUAUUUACUCGUACACGGUGCAGAUCCGACAAUAACAGACAAAGAUGGGAAUACUCCUCUUCACUUAGCUGCCAGCGAAGAUAAUGUUCGAAUGUGUAAACUUUUAACAAAAACUGAAAUUGAUUUAACGUCACAAAAUAAACUGGGAAAAACGUCACUCCAUUUGGCAUGUGCAAAUCAGAUGGAAAAUGUUGCUACAAUGCUCAUCAAUAAAAUGAGUACAAAUAUAAAUGUUGUCGAUCAUAAACAGCGAACACCAUUACACGAAUGUGCCGAAAAUAAUAAUGGAUUAUUAGCAAAAUGUUUAAUUCUACAUGGAGCCGAUGAAAAUGUGAAAGAUUCAAGAGGAAAUACAUUAUUACAUUUGGCAUGCGAAAAGGGAAGUUUUGAAUUGAUUGAUACAUUACUAAAAUCAUCAAAUUCUGAUUUAAAUCUUCUAAAUAGUGAUUUAUAUUCACCAUUGAGUAUAGCAAUUUUAUCUAAUCAUGAUGAUGUUGCUAAUCUCCUGUUAAAUCAGGAAAACAUUCAGAUACAAUCAACUGAUUUGAAAACAGCUAUGAAAAUGAAUAAUCCUGAAAUGGUUCGAAUAUUAAUUGAAAAAGAUAGAAACUGUUUACAUGUGAGAUCAUCAAGUCAUGGCGAUAUGAUUAUCCAUACAUAUAUGAGAAAAAAUUUUAAUAAUUUAGCGUGUCUUGAAACAGUUUUAUCAUUCGUUAGUGACAAUGAAUUAUUAACAUAUUUAUCUGAAGGUAGUUUAUCGUACGGUGACAAUUUAUUACACAUAGCUGCUCGUGAAGAUACUCCCAGUGCGCUUACAUGUUUUCUAAAUGUAUCUAGUGUUAAAUUUUGGUUUUGGGCGAAUAUGAUGUUGACAAAAAAUAAUGAUAAUAAAACACCGAUGGAACUAGCAAAUGAAUGUAAACAUUAUGCUGUCAUUAAAAUAAUCAAUACAAAAUGGAAAGAGUCUUAUGAAAUUCUCUCACAUUCAUUGCGUGACGGUCAUUGUGGUGUAUCACCAACAGGUAUCACUCAAGCUAAGCGUCGUUGUUUUAACUGCAAACAAAGUGGUCUAAUUGAGAUUAAUUCGGGACUUGGUGAAUCACUGUCAUCUUCAGCGGAUAUAACCGUUCGUCCAUGUGAAAAAUGUAACAUUUGUAUUUAUAAAUCAUUGGACAAUUCAAUGCAAACGUUUCUAGCAUUACUGUUUAGUGAUGAGAGCAGUUCAAUAGCUUUAGAUAUUAUGGAUUCGCUAAUCGUUAUUAAUGAAGUGCAAAAAGCGGUACAGCUCUAUCUCGAUCAUAUUGAACCAUGGGAAGAAUUUGAUAAAGUAUAUUUGAGUGACUCAUCUCGAUUAAUUAACCAAUUAGUAGUUACAGCCAGUGGAAAAAAAAAUAAACCUGUACCCAAGCCGAUGGAAAACUCUCUUGAAUUGCCGUUAGUUCAACAUGGAUCUACUCCAUAUGUAUCUCCUCUAUCACGACCAUCCGUCACACCUAAAUUUCGUCCUGACGGUACCCAGUUUCGUCCGAUAACACCACUUGAAGCAAUUUAUUUUCAUGAACGUCUUGAUUUAGUCACACAUCCAUUAAUAAAAGGUGACAAUUUCUUUUUUCGUUAUCAAAAUUAUUUUCAAUUUCUUCUUUUCUUAGGUUUAAUCAAAUGGAAAUGGGACAGUUAUGCUGCUAAACAUUUCUAUAUGUCAAUGUUAUUAGAGUUUUUUUUUUUAAUUAUAUGGACAUGUAUCCUGCUAAUCGAACCAUUUCCCAUUCGUCACAAGUAUAUUUUUCCAAAGCAUAUCUGGCGAUGUGUGGUGUGGUCAGUGUCAAUUAUUUUUCUCAUUUGGGAAAUCGUACAAGAAAUAUCUGAAAUUCGUUAUGCACAUCACAGAUACGAUGAUUAUUUGCUGUGGGAAACGGAGCGAACAACACGUAUAAAUCUACAAUCGAAAAAUCCAAAUCCAAAUCCAAAUUCAAAUUCCCAAACGAAACCACCUCAAAUAACAACAGUCGAAACAGCAAUGAAAAACGCUCCGGAAAAUGCUAAAGUAGACAAUACCAUAAACUUGACAAAUGAAACAAAUUCACAACCAACAAUAGCAGAAAAUAAACGACAUCGGUAUCAUCACCAACAUGCAGAACGAGAAUUACCAAUGAAAACGCCAUUACAAGCAAGAUCCUCGGAACCAAUUUUAAUGGAGGGUUAUUCAUUGUCGUCUUCGGCUUCAUCUGCUGGCUUUUUUCCUUCGUCAAUUGAAGCAGAGAAGGGAAAUGGUGCCUAUUCAAAACAAGCAUUGCCAAAGUCAGCAAAAAAUGGUAUCUCAACAUCAGCCCAGGCAACCACACCGUCAAAUGCCUCUCGUCCAGUACUAUUCUAUCGACGUUUACGUGCUCGUUUGAAAGCCCGUGUUAAAUCUUAUUAUAUUUAUUACUCACUGAAUAAUUUAUUCGACUGGAUCUGCUAUAUUCUUUGCUUGAUAACAAUCAUUACACAUGCAGUUGAUGUAUCUCAUCAUAGCGUAUUAUAUUCUCGUAUUCAUAUGUAUACUGCAUCGGUAACGGUUAUUUGUCUUUGGUUUCGAUUUAUGGUCUACUUUAGAACAAUUUCAAUAACAGCCAAAACGUUAAGAUCAAAAUUAGUUGAAAUUAAACUGGGUGAAUUAGUUAUUAUGGUCAGAAUGAUGUUUGACGACAUAAUUCGUUUUUUGCUAGUAUUUAUAUUUUUGUUAAUGCCUUAUGCUUUCGUAUUCUAUUCCGUUUUUGGUAGUAAGCAGAUUCGACAUCAAGACUUUGAGCAAUCAAGUCAUGUGUGUGAACAGGCUCUACUAGAAUGUAAUAUCGAUGAAAAUCCCGUACCAUUUGAACAAGAUCAAAGUGGAAAAACACUAUAUCUUUUCAAUGGAACAACAGAAUUAUGCAUGAACGCAACUGAAAUGUGUCGUAUAAUACAACCAGAUGGCUUCGAUACUUUUUAUUCUCUGUUAUUUAGUAUAUUCAGAAUUGCACUCGUUGAUGACAUUCCAUUCCAAGAUUUUCAUCAAAUCGAUCGAUAUUUUGCUAGUUUCGUCUGUAGUACCUACUUGUUAUUUACUGCUAUUUUAUCUGUCAACAUCUUUAUUGGUUUGAUCAGUAACGCACUGCAAACUGACGCAUUUUCAAGUGUUGAAGCACGUUUUCUAAUGGAACGUGUAGAAGUUAUAUUGCACCAUGAAUGGCGUUUAUCGAAACGAAAGCGUUUACAACUUCAGGAAAUGUUACAUCGACGAUGUGCACCGCUGCAAAUGAAUUGGAAAGAUAUAAACUUUGAUGCUUACGGUCAAUCAAGAGAACAGCAACAAGCAAAAGCAUUUCAAAGUUUUCGACAAGUAAUUGAUAAACGAAAUCAACAGUUUGACACCUUUAAGAUACAAAUACAACAGAAACUAACCGAAAUAGAUACGUCACUAGGAAAAGUAAUUCAUGGACAUCCAACAACAACUAAAAAACAAGGAACAAUCAAACGCCCAUCGAUGGUACCCACAACCAUUUCUUCUGCUCAUUCACAAGAGCAGACAGGAUCCUCAGCUGCCACUACAUCACUUAUACCACUUAUUCAGGAAAGUCCACCAACACCUCAACCUCAACAACAGUCAAAUCAAGUUAUUAUUGAAGAAAUACAAAGGCUACGUGAAUUACUCGAAGAAUCAUUACAACAAAAACGUUUGGAAACAGCUCCAUCAACAGCAGAAUCAACAACAGUUGGAGCUGUGAGAAAAUCCACUCAAUCUCAAUCUGCAUCAUCUGAUCUAAAUGAAAGAGUGACCGACUUACAGCUAGCUGUGAAUCGUUUACAUCAAGAUGUUGGUGCCAUUCGUCAGACUCUCGAAAGAAUGUCACCACUAUCAGCUAGUCUCACUCUCGGAAGAACAGCUAGAAGGUAG